GAGUUGUUAAAACGUGUUGGCUGUAGUAUAAAUAGCAUCACCACCUACACCUGGAACUCGUCGUCAUCAUCGUUGUGAAAGAAGAAAGAAGCAAAAAGGUAAAAGAAAAUGGCCGGUGACAGCACAGCUAACUGCGUCGAUAUCCUCAUUGCCAUCAUCCUCCCUCCUCUCGGAGUUUUUCUCAAGUAUGCCUGCAAGUGUGAGUUCUGGAUCUGUUUGCUGCUCACCAUUCUUGGUUACAUUCCUGGAAUUAUCUAUGCUGUCUAUGCCAUCACCAAGUGAAACUCAUCCACCUUUUGUGGACAGUGAUUGAAUUUCAAAGGAGCGUGUGUAUGUUCUUCUGUACUCAUCGUUUGAUCUUAGGUGGACGCACGUGAUGCUUUCGUUUUCUGUUUAUCCGUGUCAAUAUUCCGUUUUAGUGUUGUGUUUUUUGUUACUGUUAUUGCCUUAUGUGGAACCAAACGUCGACGUUGUGUCCUUUAGUUUUAACGUAUGCUUAUCAAAUUGAAUUCGUAAUAAUUAUAUUCUUCUUCUUCUUUCGUAUA